GACCUGAAGGUCUUUGUCUGCGGUGUGUGGCUGCUCUCACCUGGGGAGGUUUGCACACCUGCGGCUCUAUUUUUUAUCUGAGCACUAAGAGACGUGCAGUUCGGCCUUUCGCACCGUUGGCUAGAUUUGCUUGUAUUGUUUCUAGCCACUGCUCAUGUAAUGCACUCCCUUAACCAGGAAAUUAAAGCGUUCUCCCGGAAUAAUCUCAGGAAGCAAUGUACCAGGGUGACAACGCUAACUGGAAAGAAAAUUAUAGAAACAUGGAAGGAUGCCAGAAUUCAUGUUGUGGAAGAAGUAGAGCCGAGCAGUGGGGGUAGUUGUGGUUAUGUGCAGGACCUUAGCUUGGACCUGCAUGUUGGUGUUAUUAAGCCAUGGUUGCUCUUGGGGUCACAGGAUGCUGCUCAUGAUCUGGAUAUUCUGAAAAAGCACAAGGUGACUCAUAUUCUCAAUGUUGCAUAUGGAGUUGAAAAUGCUUUCCUCAGUGACUUUGUAUACAAGAGCAUUUCUAUAUUGGAUCUGCCUGAAACCAAUAUCCUAUCUUAUUUUCCAGAAUGUUUUGAAUUUAUUGAACAAGCAAAAAUGGAGGAUGGCGUGGUUUUCGUUCAUUGUAAUGCAGGAGUUUCCAGGGCUGCUGCAAUUGUAAUAGGUUUUCUGAUGAAUUCUGAAGAAAUCUCGUUUACCAGUGCUUUUACUUUGGUGAAAAAUGCAAGGCCUUCCAUAUGUCCAAACACUGGCUUCAUGCAGCAGCUUCGUACUUACCAAGAGGGCAAGCAACGCAAUGAAUGUGACAACAUACAGGAAUUAGAAAAGGGUGACAGUUCAUGAGUUACAUUCCAGCAGACAAUGGACAACGGUAAUUUCUGAAUUGGCCCCCAUAGCCACCUGUUCCAUUUUUGAAGAGUAGACUAGUAAAAACUUCCUUUUGUCUUGCGUUUUUCAAGUGGAAAUGGAGGUUAAUUGUCUGUCUUGAGCUAGUGUACAAAUACAUUUUUAAAUUCCAUCAUGUUUUCCUUGGUAUUAUAAUGUGGGGUUGAAUGCUUCUUUGAUUUGCUAAGAGAAGAUAAUGUAACCAAUAAUUGGUUUCUGUAAAAGAAAAAGGUUUUACAUUUGAAAGCUUUAUUAGAACAUGAAAAGAUUAAAUCAGUUGAUGAAGACUUUUGGUAUUUUUCUAUGCCAGCAACCAUUUCCAUGAAGGAAGAAAUUUAAAGUGCUCCUUGACUUACUAUUUCAGAGAGUGGUAAAUUUCUACGUAAAGAAUUUGGGAUUAAAAACUAAUAUCUUAAGCCUUCCCAAAGAGAUAAUCAAAAUCUGAAGAUCGACACAAUAUAGGCAUACUUUGUUUUAUUGUGCUUCGCAGAUGAUAUGUAUCUUAGAAGUCGAAAGUGGUAACCCUGCAUCAAAGAAGUCUUUUGACAUCAUUUUUCCAACAGCAUUUGCUCAGUUUGUGUCUCUGUAUCGCACUUUGGUAAAUCUCACAAUCUUUCAAAUUUGUUCAUUGUAAUUGUAUUUGUUAUGGUGAUCUGUGAUCAGUGAUCUUUGGUGUUACUAUUAUAAUUGUUUGGGGGUGCUAUGAGCCACACCUAUGUAAUACAGUGAGCUUAAUUGAUAAAUACUGCAUGUGAUGUGACUGCUCUACCAGUUGGCCCUUCCUCCAUCUCUCCGUCUUCUUGGGCCUCGCUGUUCCCUGAGACAUAAAAAUAUUGAAAUUAGGCCAAUUAAUAAUCCUAUCAUGGCUUCUAAGUGCUCAAGUGAAAGGAAGAGUCGCAUGUCUCUCACUUUAAACCAAAAGCUAGAAAUGAUUAAGCUUAGUGAGGAAGGCAUGUCGAAAGCAGAGAUAGGUCGGAAACUAGGCCUCUUGCGCCAAACCGUUAGCCAGGUUGUAAAUGCAAAGGAUAAGUUCUUGAAGGAAAUUAAAAGUGGCACUCCAGUGAACACGCGAAUGAUAAGAAAGCAAAACAGCCUUAUUGCGGAUAUGGAGAAAGUUUUGGUGGUCUGGAUAGAAGAUCAAACCACCCACAACAUUCCUUUGAGCCAGAGCCUAAUCCAGAGCAAGGCCCUAACUCUCUUCAAUUCUAUGAAGGCUGAGAGAGGUGAGGAAGCUGCAGA